UCCUGGGAUUUACAUUGCAGUCUGUUUUUCUGUCUUUCUGUGCUUUGUUUGAAGAUUGGCCCCACUUUGAAAAGUCAUCUUUGCAUUAUGGUGGGAAGUGCAUCUGGAAUCUGCUCCUGACCAAUUGCCUCUCAGUAGAACUCGUGUGUCAGUUGUAAGAAAGAAAAUCAUGACCAAUUCAGCUGCUCACUGUGUUUAGAUUUAUACUGCACUUUAUGAAGGAAUAGACCCUUCCAUGAAGGGAAUGCCUCUUUGACUUUCUCCUCACUGCUUUUUACUGCGCAUAACCAAAACCAUAAACAAGGCUUUUACUCAUCCUGAGAACUUACUAUGCCCGUUUUUGUGGGGAGCAUAAUCUUGUUUGUAGGUAUUUGUUAACUUUUUGAUUGUAUUUUCAAGAUUCCAUCGCAUGAGACAAACCUGUUAUCACAGACUGUGAUACCGUUCACGAAUGGUAAUGCAAUUGGAAAAAAUCUUGGGGCAUUGUCUAAGCAUAAAGGUAUGGUAUAGGUAACAGUGCCCUGUUUCAUGUGUAUUCUGGAAGAACCAAAAUAUCUGACCAAAAUGUCUCAGUAACCCAACCUAUGCAAAAGCAAGCGCUGACUCUCCAGGAAUAAUCCAUUAGAAAACUCUAGAGGUUCAAUUAGCCUCAUGGACGCUUUGCCUGGCAGAAUACCAGAUACACACAGAAAACAAAUGCAGAUAAUGAGCAGACUUGGACAUUAAGAAACAUACUGCAUUGUGAAUUAUGCAUCAUUUUAACGAACUAAGCACUCAUACACCAUUUUUAAAAAUAGUUAUUGUGUAGCAGAAGUACUCCAACUGUGAUCAAUUGGAUUGCUUCCAGUCCCUGGGUUAUUUAUUGGAGGUUCAGUGAGAACUGAUGGGUUAAAGAUGCUUUCUCUGCUCAUUACCGUCUGAAAAUAUUAUGUUUUUCAUACAAGCAAUUGUGUAGAUGCCCCAGGGAAGCAGUGUGAUUGGGCUAGGAGGGCGUAUUUCUCUUCUGUGAGAACAUUUUGGAAAGCUGCUGUUCUGUAUUUCCAUGUUGUUUAUAUUAGGUUAUACAUGAAUGAUAACACACGGAUUUUUUUUCCCCUCAGUACUUCAUGAAGCAAUCUGUAGGAAGCAUAGGAACAUGCUGUUUUCAAGCAUUAAAAAUAGUCGCUCAUUUAAAUUAGAAACAAACAAAAUAGUUUCUCUUACCCCCAGUAAUUAACACUGGAGAAUUAGCCUUGAGGUGAGCGCUGAGACUGCUUCUCAGUGAAAUGGAAACCGGAGAGUAAAUUCCAGCAAGCAGCCAUUUUAUAUACAGUGGCAGCUAAAAAGACAGCUAUUUCUGCUGUUUUUCUUGGAGUGAAUGGGUCUCCACCGAAAGCCAACCUACCUGAAGCCAACUCUCUCUGCUAAGAGAUGCUGUAGGUCCAUGACCGCUGCCCUGAGCAUCCACGCAUGGCAGUGCUGGAAACAGCAGCUUUUUCAAGGGGGCCUGGAAAAAACAAAGGGAGCAAAAUGAGAUGUGGUUAAUUGUACUUAAUUUUAGCUUCAACGAGAUGUAUCUUCCUGCAAGGGAAGGAGAAAAUUCUGUGCCCUGCAAGGUUUCAUUGCUUUGGUCAUGUAGCUGUGAUUACCUGUAGCAUGCUCCAUGGUCUGCGUGCUUAACGCUUGGGCUUGUGCUUGGUUUUAGCUAUCAGCCUGUCUGCAAAACGGUUGCAAGCCAUGUACUCUGAUGCAUGGUGUUUCUCACUGACCAUCUAAACUUUAUAGCCAGCAUGAUGAGAGUUUGUCUGAUGCUCCUUUGGAUAAGAAUCGUAGUCCAGCCCCCCACGCUUCAGUGUAAAGCAGUUCAGGUUUUCCCACCUGUUAACUUCACCCUUACAGUCUCUGCAUUAGCACAAGUACUUCUAAGCUGGAAGCUAAGUCCUAAUCAGGAACAAAAAAACUACACCAUUAGAUACGAUGUGAAAAUCUUAACUCCUGUGUUUGAAGAGUAUGAUACAAUGAAGACUCACAGUCUCCAAACAGCUGUACUCCACAAUGGUUUCUCGGCACAUGUCCGCACGUUACUUUUCCAUCAGGGUCUUCAGAUGAUGAGCGACUGGGUGACAGCAGAACUCCAGCCUCCACCGGGUGCUGAAAAUACAGCUGUCACUGAUCUGUCCUGUGUUACUCACUUCACCAUUUCUAGCACUGUUUCUCUCCAUUGCACUUGGCUUCCUGGUAAAGGGGCACCAGAAGAUACUGAGUACUUUCUAUUUUACAGGUAUGAGACCUACAUGGAAGAAUGCCAACAUUACAUCAAAGACAAGUGGAACAGGAAUACAGAGUGCAGGUUCUCAGUGACUCGUAUUGUUCCCGGUGAGAUUGAUGAGCUCAUUGUAAUACACAUUAAUGGCUCCAGCAAGUAUGCUGCAAUCAAGCCUUUCCAGCAGUUGUUUAACCAAAAUGCCAUUGAGAAGGUGAAUGUUCCCAGAAAUGUCACUGUAUUCUUAGAGCAAAAUGAUCUCGUGGCCACAUGGGAGAAGCCACUUUCUACUUUCCCUAAAGGCUGUUUUGAAUACGAAUUUUACCUCACCAACUUGAAGUCAGGUAACAAGCAGGUAUCAAAAACAUAUUCACAUGACUUCAGAUUACGGAUUGAUGUUACCUGCAGAUACUCCAUACAGAUAAGAGCAAAUCAUUACAUGUGUGCUGUAAAUGGAUUCUGGAGUGACUGGAGUGAAAUUCUUUAUAUUGGAGAAAACAAACAGGAGAAUCUGAUAGUCUGGAGUCUUGCUGUGCUUUGUGUAUCCACAUGCUGUACGGUCACGCUUAUUGCUAUAGUAUGCAAAUCACAACACACGUGGAGCAAACUGUUUCCGCCCAUUCCGACGCCCAGGAUCAAGUUCAGAGAUCCCUUUCCAAAUCACUACGAGAGGGCACGCAGCUGCCCCAGCGAGACGUGGCUGGAGCCAGGCCUGGCCGAGGGCCUCCCCUGCAACGCUCUGCACGACGACGUCUUCUGAGGCAGCCGCAUGCGAAGAACUGCUCGGCUGUGGUUCCAGCACUGUUUGUUGGUUCAUUUAGAACAACUGCUGUGAGCGGUGUGGAAAGAGCACGGCGGUGCCAAUGGCGAGGUGAAAGCCCCAACCCUCAGACGGUGGUGCAAGAGGUUACAGCGUAAGGGGGAAAAAAAAAUUCAAAAAGCAGCACUUUCCUGGCA